CCUCCUUGUAGAGGAAGCAGGCAUUCAUCUGCUCUCUCAGAAAAAUCUCUGCAGCAACCAUGGCCACCUUCGUGGAGCUCAGUACCAAAGCCAAGAUGCCCAUUGUGGGCCUGGGUACCUGGAAGUCCCCACCAGGCAAAGUCAAGGAAGCUGUGAAGGCCGCCAUUGAUGCUGGAUAUCGCCACAUUGACUGUGCCUAUGCCUAUCAGAAUGAGAGUGAAGUGGGAGAAGCCAUCCAAGAGAAGAUCAAAGAGAAGGUUGUGAAGCGGGAGGACCUCUUCAUUGUCAGCAAGCUGUGGCCCACGUUCUUUGAGAAAAGCCUGGUGAAGAAAUGCUUUCAGAAAACCCUCACGGAUCUGAAACUGGACUAUCUGGACCUGUACCUAGUGCACUGGCCACAGGGAUUCCAGGCUGGGAGUGAGAUAUUCCCCACAGACAAUAAUGGCAAACUUCUCAUGAGUAAAUCCACAUUCUUGGAUGCCUGGGAGGGCAUGGAGGAACUGGUGGACCAGGGGCUGGUGAAAGCCCUGGGCAUCUCCAACUUCAACCACAUGCAGAUUGAAAGACUCCUGAGCAAGCCUGGACUGAAACACAAGCCAGUGAUGAACCAGAUUGAGUGCCAUCCAUACCUCACCCAGGAGAAACUGAUCCAGUUUUGUCACUCCAAGGGCAUUGGCAUCACAGCAUACAGCCCGCUGGGCUCCCCAGACAGACCUCAUGCCAAGCCAGACGACCCUGUAGUACUGGAGAUUCCCAAGAUCAAGGAGAUUGCUGCCAAGCACAAGAAAACAACAGCUCAGGUUCUGAUUCGGUUCCAUAUCCAAAGGAAUGUGGUGGUGAUUCCCAAGUCUGUGACACCCUCACGCAUACGUGAGAACUUUCAGGUCUUUGAUUUCCAGUUGAGUGAUGAGGAGAUGACCACCAUUCUCAGCUUCAACAAAAACUGGAGGGCCUGUGGCGUGUUUGCUGCAAUCAAUGAAAAGGACUAUCCCUUCCAUGAAGAAUACUGAAGCUGAUUCACUUGAUGAGACUGACUGGUGGAUUCCAUCUUCAUUGUGUGACAGUCACUCCUGAGUCCUAUUUUAGCCAAGUGUGUCCAACAUCGACCUUGAUGUAGGCCCUGAUCACGCAAUGCUGAAUUUAAAUCCUCAUGCUCAACCAGGAACAGACUGCCACAGGGAAAUGUGACUUGGAAAAACAAAGGACAAUACUUUCCACUAGGAAGAUCUGACCAAAUCUUUGUUAAACACCAGGGACUCUGAUAACACUGAUUAUUCAAAAAAAUUAAAUAAAUAAAGGGUAAUAGUAAUAA